CGGUGGAGGCCUCGUCCAUGUAUCUUCAAAGGAAUGAGGAUGAAGGGAGCAGUGAAAGCUCAGAAGGAGAUUUCAGCCUUGAUUUACAAAAGAGCCCCUGUCGAUCAGAGGGUGUGGAAAUGAAGAAACCAGGGCAACCAAUAUCGAAGGGGCAUAAGAAUUAUGAUUUGGUUGUCAGUCUUCAGCUUGGUAUAAGGUUUUCAGUAGAAAGGCAUGGUUCCGUCAUGCGAGAAUUAAGGAGUGCAGAUUUUGAUCCAUAUGAGAAGUUCUGGACCAGGUUUCCACCGGAGGGAUCCAAAUGCACUCCUGCCCAUCAUGCUCCCGAUUUCAAAUGGAAGGAUUACUGCCCAGUUGUUUUCAAACGGCUUAGGGAUCUCUUUGGAAUCAAUUCAGCUGAAUAUGUGACAGCUCUUUGUUCAAAUGACGCACUUAGAGAACUCUCUUCCCCUGGAAAGAGUGGGAGUGUCUUCUAUCUAACUCAGGAUGAUCAGUUCAUCAUUAAGACCGUGAAGAAAUCGGAAGUCAAGGUGCUGAUUAGAAUGUUAGCAAGUUACAACAGACAUGUUUGCCAGUACAAAAACUCAUUGGUCACUAGGUUCUUUGGUGCCCACUGUGUUAAACCGGUUGGAGGUCAAAAGACCCGUUUCAUUGUAAUGGGGAAUAUGUUCUACUCAAAGUAUGGUAUCCAUAGACGAUUUGAUGUAAAGGGGUCCUCCUAUGGACGGUCAACCGAUAAGCCUGAAGGGCAGGUUGAUGAGACAACCACUUUGAAGGACCUUGAUCUCAAUCUUGUCUUUCACCUUCAAAGAUCCCGGUUUGAAAAGCUUAUUAGGCAAGUCAACAAAGAUUGCCAAUUCUUGGAAGCUGAGAACAUAAUGGAUUACAGCCUCUUGAUCGGUGUUCAUUUUUGCAGUAACUUCAACCGUAAUGAUACAAAUGGUGGAUUGUCUCCUGAUGAUAAUUUUGAGAAGAGAGGAGCUCGAGAGUAUUCAGUGUGUGACUCAAUGAUGCUACAAGAGGAGGAGCUGAUAAUGGACUCAGAACAGACACCACACACUGGUUUAGGUGCAAAUCUUCCAGCAAAGGCAGUACACAUGCCUCGAAUGGAUCAUGAUCCGGGCAGCAAAACAUUUGGACAACAGGGUAGUAAGGAAACAUCAAAUGUGAUCCUUUACUUGGGCAUAAUAGACAUUCUUCAAGACUAUGACAUCAGCAAGAAGCUCGAACACGCAUACAAGUCGUUCCAAGUAGAUUCCACCUCCAUCUCCGCUGUUGACCCAAAGCUCUACUCCAAAAGAUUCCGUUAUUUCAUCAGUAGCAUCUUUUCAGAGGAUGAAGAGGAUGAUAAGUCAUCAUAAACAGGAAUGGAAAUUAAGGAGAUGAAGAAUAAAGCAACUGAUGCUGUCAUCAGAACAAAAACACAAGCACGAAGAUCUAUUGAAUGGCGCUUAGCUUUACGGAAAAGCACGGUGGUCGGAUGGUUGGAUGGGAAGACAAACAGCUCAUUUGAUUGGGGGAGGGGGGUGUUGAGGCAAAUUUGUUAAAACAUCAUUUGUUUAUUUAAAUAGUAUGCUAUAUUGAGGCAUGGGGAAGGUGAGUGUGUUUAUUCCCAACACAAUGGUGUUUCUGGAUAAUAGAUGGUGAAGAAGAAAUUUUGUUUUAGUUGUACAGUAAAAAAGCUUUGGGUAUGUAGAAAGAGAGAUGGCAUUUGUUUUUUUGUAUGUAUUUGAAAAAAUGGUAAAAGUUCAGGGGCCAUGUUCAAAAUGCAAAUGGAGGAGGAGAAAGGGCUGAUGAAAAAGCACAGUAAAAAACGAUGCGUG